AUGAUGGCUGGUGGAAUGCUGGCGAAGUCGCCCGACGAGUUCGUGUUAGAUCAUCCGACCUCCAGGUCUCAGAAGUGGCUGGCCACUAAUUAUGAGGCGGGCGACGUGGUGUUCCACCAUCCGUAUACCAUCCAUGCGAGUGGGCGAAACGAGGAUGCGCAGGGGCGCAUUCGGUUGAGUGAUGACUCUCGCCCCAAAUGCGAACGAUGCCAAAAUUCUGGGAGAGAAUGCAUUCGUUCCAGCCCACAGUUGCAGUUCCUGAAUACAACCAGCGCAGAAUAUGCGCAGGAUGUUUCUGAUGCGUCAAAUACACUAACUACCAGCAACCGUGCAUUCGAAUACGUUGAUGAGACUCCGGCCUUGGCGGCCCUAUACGCAGCAGAGACGACUAUAGGCGCGGAGCAGACUGACGCAUUAUCUGCAAUCACUACUCCCCUCUCCGCUGAUCUACCGUCACCACAGUCACAAACUCAGGCCACGCAGGCACAAUUGAGCCUAGAGGAGGCCUGUCUUAUCCGUUAUUUUGUCGAGAGUCUCGGGUUAUGGUUCGACCUGUGUGACCCGGAAAGGCACUUUGCCGUCGUUGUUCCACAAAGAGCGCGCAUCUGCGCUCCUCUCCUGGACGCGAUGCUCUCUGCAUCCGCCCGACACUUCAGCACUCUCCCUCAACAACGUCAACUCGCAAUAACACAAAAAUAUGGGUUGAAAGAAGGCCUUGCUAUUGGCGAGGAGUCCAUGCUCGCCUACCACAGUCGGUCUAUCGCCGGCCUACGUGCCGCCAGCCAGGAACCCAACGCGAUCAUGGACGAGAACUUGCUUGCCGCGGUUGUGAUUCUCCGGUUCUAUGAAGAACUUGACAGCCCCUUCACCGAUCCCCCCUCUGACACCGCCGUCCGCGGCCUCCAAGUCUUUCUCGAAGCGCAAGCCUCUUCCGCAAUUCAGACGUGUCAUGGCCUCCGCUCCUCGGCCUUCUGGGUCGGCUUCCGGCAGGAAUUCCACAUGGCCAUCUCUCAGCGUCGAUCCUUCCGCAUACCCCUCUCCACUGUGGCUCACUACCUCCCCACCCGAACCUCUCCAGACCACGUCUGGACGAACCGUUUGCUCAUCAUUGGGGCGCAUAUCAUCCAAUACUGUUUCCCUCCAGUCCAUUCUCCUGAACAAUCUCCCGGCCAGCGAUCCACCUUCUAUGAACACCUUCUCAACCUCCGCCAAAGCUGGGCGGCUCGCGCACCCUCGAACUUCACCUCCAUCUACACCACUUCUGCCUUACCCUCCGAAGGACUCUUCUUCCCACAGCAAUGGUUCAUCAACGACACCCACAUCGUGGCCACGCAAUCCCUCGGGCUCAUCGACCUGUUACUUGCCACGCACGACCCCCACGUUGACCGGCUCCGUCCCCGCAUGUCGCACCGUCGGGCCCUUGCCGUGCUGGACGAAGAGAUCCGUACCACAGUGCGGGAAAUCUGCGGGGUGGCGGUGGCCAACCGGCAGAGUCCAACGGCAGCGUUGACAGCGAGUCUGGCGGUGGUGCUAGGGGCGGAGGCGUUUCGGGAGGCGUCACAAGCGGAGAAAGACGCGCUACUUGCUGUGGUGCGGGGUAUCAGGGCGGAAAGUUAUUAUUUCCCUGGAGAGGGAAUGGAGGGGGUGAUUUUGGGGGUGUGGGGGGAGAGAAAGUGUCUUUCCUGAGCCUGUGAGUCAAAGCAUGCGCACUUUUCCAUGAUUGGACGUGGCAAGAUACGAGAUUGAACCUGCCGGUCUUCGUCAAUCUGAAACAACAUGAAAUCACCGUCAAUAGCUAUAAGACAAUAGUCGAAUUGACAAGAACGGCAGAUAGGUAUAAUCUAGGAAGCAUAUAGACAAGUUCAAAACGCCAGCCCCUCAGCACCGCUGGAGA